CGUCCCGCCUCUUUCCGGUUCGGUUGAGUCACUUCCGCCCCGCAGUGUUGCCCGCCGGCCGCCCGGCUUCCGCCCCGCAGGGAGAUGAGCUGGCGGAGGGGGGAGCACUUCCGGGGCAGGGGGCGGCCCGCGGCGGAGAUGGAGAGAAUGAAGCUGCCCCCCCGGGGGCCCAUGGAGCUGCCGCUCUCCGUGCUGGAAGUGGGCUGCGCCGGACGCUUCGAGCUCAUCACCCGCCCGGAGGGGCCGGACGGGGACACGUUCCCCCUCUCCACGCUGCCCCACGGGCUGCCCCCCUGCGCCAUGGACCUGGCCUCCGAGCUGGAGCGGCGCCUCCUGGCCAGCCCCGAAUGGCUGCCCCUGCACCGCGUCGACAGGGCCCCCAGGGUCUGGCCGCGGGAGAAGGACGUCUGGUCGCUGCUGGAGGCGGCCCCCACCCCCAUGCACUCCACGCUGCAGACAGAGCGGGACCCCACCACGGGGCGGAUCCUGGCCUUCAGAGAGGCGCCGUUGGACAACAUGGGGCUGUCGGCCAAGAACUCGCUCUCCUUCCAGCGGGCCCCGGGGCCCCCGGCCCAGGCCCUGCGGGGCAGCAGCACCAACUACCCCUUCUGGCCAGGUGGGAUGGACGAGCCCAGCAUGGAGCAGAUCAGCGCCAAAGGCCACCUGGAGGAGGAGAUCGACUUCGAGAGAGACUUGCUGACGGCGCCGCCGGGCUGGAAGAAGGGGGUGGAGUUCAAGCCGCAAGCUGCGGCGCUCCAGGCCUCCCCGGGGCUGCUGCCCCUGGCCGGCCUGCUGGGGGCGCUGGACCCCUUCCAGCUGGGCGGCUCCAGCGACGAGGAGGAGGAGAAGGGGGGGGCGAAGGCCGAGACGCCCCCGGCCCCCACCCCCGCUGUGCAGAGAGCAGACAGCCUGGAGGAGCUGGUGCUGAAGGAGGUGACCCCUGAGCCCUCGCCGCCCGCCCAGGCCGGGCCCCCCCAGCCCCCCAAGGAGCAGUGGGCGAUUCCCGUCGACAUCUCCUCGCCUGUGGACGACUUCUACAAACGCAUCCCGGACCCGGCCUUCCGGUGGCCGUUCGAGCCGGACGCGUUCCAGAAACAGGCCAUCCUGCACCUGGAGCAGCACGACUCGGUCUUCGUGGCCGCGCACACCUCGGCGGGGAAGACGGUGGUGGCCGAAUACGCCAUCGCCCUGGCCCAGAAGCACAUGACCAGGACCAUCUACACCUCCCCCAUCAAGGCUCUGUCCAACCAGAAGUUCCGCGAUUUCAAGAACACGUUUGGGGACGUGGGGCUGCUGACGGGGGACGUCCAGCUGCACCCCGACGCCUCCUGCCUCAUCAUGACCACCGAGAUCCUGCGGUCGAUGCUGUAUAACGGCUCGGACGUGCUGCGGGACCUGGAGUGGGUGAUCUUCGACGAGGUUCAUUACAUCAACGACGCAGAGCGCGGCGUGGUGUGGGAGGAGGUGCUGAUCAUGCUGCCGGAGCACGUGAACAUCAUCCUGCUGAGCGCCACCGUCCCCAACACGCUGGAGUUCGCCGACUGGAUCGGGCGGAUCAAGCGGAAGCGGAUCUACGUGAUCAGCACCCUGCGGCGCCCGGUGCCCCUCGAGCACCAUCUCUACACGGGCACCAGCCACAAAACCCAGCACGAGCUCUUCCUGCUGCUCGACGCCCGCGGCGCCUUCCUCACCAAGGGGUACUACGCGGCGGUGGAGGCGAAGAAGGAGCGCUCCAGCAAACACGCCCAGACCUUUGGGGCCAAGCAGCCCACGCACACGGGCACCGGGCCGGGCCAGGAGAAGGGCGUGUGGCUCUCGCUGAUGGACGCGCUGCGGAAGCGGGACCAGCUGCCCGUGGUGGCCUUCACCUUCUCCCGCGCCCGCUGCGACGACAACGCGUCCGCGCUCACCACCCUCGACCUGACCUCGAGCGCCGAGAAGAGCCAGAUCCACCUCUUCUUCCAGAAGUGCGUGUCCCGCCUGAAGGGCUCCGACCGCCAGCUGCCCCAGGUGCUGCACAUGGUGGAGCUGCUGAAGAGGGGCAUCGGGGUGCACCACAGCGGGAUCCUGCCCAUCCUCAAGGAGGUCGUGGAGAUGCUCUUCAGCAAAGGGCUGGUCAAGAUCCUCUUUGCCACCGAGACCUUCGCCAUGGGGGUGAACAUGCCGGCCCGCACCGUGGUCUUCGACUCCGUCCGCAAACACGACGGCUCCGGCUUCCGCGACCUGCUGCCAGGCGAGUACAUCCAGAUGGCGGGCCGGGCCGGGCGCCGGGGGCUGGACACCACGGGGAUGGUCAUCGUUCUGUGCAAGACCCGCGUGCCCGAGAUGGCCGACCUGCACCGCAUGAUGCUGGGGAAGCCGACCCAGCUGCAGUCCCAGUUCCGCCUGACCUACACCAUGAUCCUGAACCUGCUGCGGGUGGAGGCGCUGCGCGUGGAGGACAUGAUGAAACGCAGCUUCUCCGAGUUCCACAGCCGCAAGGACAGCCAGGCCCACGAACACGCCAUCGCCCAGCUGAGCCGCCGGCUGGCGGCCAUGGAGGAGGUGGACACGAGCGGGCAGCUGAGCGACCUGCCCGAGUACUGCCGGGCCGUGCAGGAGCUGCGGGAGACGCGCCGCCUCAUCCAGAGGCGGCUAGCGGAGUCGGCCAGCGGGCUGAAGGCUCUGGCCCCGGGUCGAGUGGUGAUCGUCAAUAACCCGGCUCACCGGAACGCCCUGGGGGUGAUCCUACAGGUCUCCUCGGACGCGGCCAACCGGACGUUCACCACCCUGGUGCUGUGUGAGAAGAGCCCUGAGGGGGGGGGCACGGGAGGGGGCAGCCCCACCCCGGAGGUUCCCUUCCCCGACGACCUGCUGCUCAACAAGCUCUUCCUGCCGGAAGGGCCCUGCGGCCACGCGGUGGAGCAGCUGGGCCCCUGCGAGCUGGCGGCGCUGACGGGGAAGACGCUGCGGGUGAACGCCGAGCGCAUCCUGGAGGACGUCAAGAAGAGACAGAUGCCGCGGUUCAGGAGCGACCCCCCUGGCCCCUCGGCGGUGCAGGCGGCCCAGGAGCUGCUGCGGCUGGCGGAGGGGGGCGCCGGGGGGCUGCCCCGCCUGGACCCGGUGGGGGCCCUGCAGCUGAAGGAGCUGGCGGUGGUGGAGGGCGUCAUGCGGCUCCGGCGCCUGGAGGAGGCGCUGCCCGGCUUCCAGUGCGUGCACAGCUCCCGCUUCCCCCAGCAGUACGUGCGCCAGGCCGAGCGGCUGCGGCUGCGGGCGGAGCUGGAGCACCUGCGCUUCCUGCUGUCGGACCAGUCCCUGCUGCUGCUGCCGGAGUACCAGCAACGCGUGGAGGUGAGUCCUGCCCCACGGCCCUGCCCCACGGCCCCCAGGGUACCAGCAACGCGUGGAGGUGAGUCCUGCCCCACAGCCCCCAGGGUACCAGCAACGCGUGCACGUGAGUCCUGCCCCACGGCCCUUGCCCUACGGCCCUGCCCCACGGCCCCCAGGGUACCAGCAACGCGUGCACGUGAGUCCUGCCCCACGGCCCUUGCCCUACGGCCCUGCCCCACGGCCCCCAGGGUACCAGCAACGCGUGCACGUGAGUCCUGCCCCACGGCCCUUGCCCUACGGCCCCGCCCCACGGCCCCCAGGGUACAGCAACGCCUGCAGGUGAGCCCUGCCCCACACCCCCCCCAGGUGCUGCGGGCGCUGCGCUACGUGGACGCGGGCGGCGCGGUGCAGCUGGCCGGGCGCGUGGCCUGCGAGAUCAGUAACCACGAGCUGCUGCUGACGGAGCUGGUGUUCGACAACCUGCUGACGGAGCUGCGGCCGGAGGAGAGCGUGGCCCUGCUCAGCUGCCUGGUCUGCCAGAGCAAGGGGCCGGCCGAGCCCCCGGGGCCCAGCGUCCUGCGCAAGGGCAUGGAGCGGAUCCGGGCGGUGGCCGAGCGCAUCGCCCUGCUGCAGCGGGAGUGCGGCCUGCGGGAGUCGGUGGAGGAUUUCGUGGCGCAGUACAACUUCGGCCUGGUGGAGGUGGUGUACGAGUGGGCCCGCGGCAUGCCCUUCGCCGAGAUCGCCCGGCUGACGGAGGUGCAGGAGGGGAUCAUCGUGCGCUGCAUCCAGCGGCUGGACGAGACCUGCCGGGACGUGCGCAACGCGGCCCGCGUCAUCGGGGAGCCCACGCUGCACGCCAAGAUGGAGCAGGCCUCCAACCUCAUCAAGAGAGACAUCGUCUUCGCCGCCAGCCUCUACACGCAGUGACCCCGCCGGGCCCUGCGACCUUUCACCUCUGCGAGGUGAGCGGCCCCCCAGGGCAAGGCGAGAGCGCGUGGACUGUGAUUGGAUCACGCUGACGUUCUCCCCCAUUGUGUGAUUGGGGGGGGUCAGCCUCUGCCCUGUGACCGGCUGUGACCUUUCACCUCUAGCCAUGGCAUCUGCCCUUUGCCCUGCAGCUCAGGGGUCAGUGGGCGACGGCAGCAGCCCUGACCCCUCCCCCCAGCUCCCCUAGUGGCUGACAAUGGGGGGGGACGGGGACAGGGAUCCGGUGCCCCCAGCAGGGGCCUCGGUGUCCAAGCUGUUAAUAAA